AUGUUAAUUUUUCAUAUUGUUUACACAAUUGCUCUUACAAUUAGUCUUGUUCUAUCUAUACUAGUCCUCGUUUUAGUUUGGCUAUUUCAUUUUGGUGGAAUGAGUUAUGGGUAUUACAAAUUUCAUCGAAGAACAGUGUCAAACAAUCUCAAGGAAUUACCAGGAAUUUCAAUUAUUAAACCGUUAACAUGUAUUGAUUCAAAUCUAUAUGAAAAUUUAAAAACAUUUUUUAAUAUCAAAUAUCCUCGUUAUGAAAUACUUUUUUGUGUUCAAGAGCAUAAUAAUGACUUGAUUAAUAUGGUCGAAGGACUUCGAGCUCAAUAUCCACAUGUUGAAUCACAAUUAUUUGUUGGUUCACAACAAUAUUCACCCGGUGAUGAAUUAUCCAAAUCAGAAACAACAGACAUAAAAAAUCCGAAAAUAUUUAAUAUGUUAUCAGCAUAUGAAAAAGCUCAAUAUCCGUUAUUUUUAAUAUCAGAUAGUGGUUUAAUGAUGCGUGAAGAUACACUAUACGAUAUGGCCUUAUGCAUGAUUGAUGAUGUUGGCCUUGUUCAUCAAAUGCCAUUUACCUGUGAUAGAAAAGGUUUUGCUGGAUCAGUUGAAAAGGUUUAUUUUGGUACACAACAUGCUCGUAUGUAUAUGACAAUAAAUUUUAUUGGUAUAAAUUGUGUAACGGGAAUGUCAUGCUUAAUCCGGAAAGAAACUAUUGAUCGAGUGGGUGGUUUAAAAGCUUUUGGUAAUUAUAUAGCUGAAGAUUACUAUAUUGCAUAUGAAGUAGCUAAACAAGGUUGGAAAAUACGUGUAGCGCCAAUUCCGGCUCUACAAAAUUCUGGUGAUUAUUCUUUAUCAAUAUGGAUUGAACGAAUGAUUCGAUGGUGUAAAUUAAGAAUGCGUUUAAGUCCAUUAGCUUAUAUAGAACCAUUACAAGAAUGUUUUUCUUCAGCAAUAUUAGCUGGUAUUGUUACAAAUUAUUUAUUUGAAUGGAAUGCUCUUGUUGUUGCUGCUUGUCAUAUUUUGCUAUGGUUUCUUUUUGAUUAUUUUAUGCUUCGAAUAACACAAGGUGGUCCAUUGCCUUUUUCGAAAUUUGAAUUUGCAAUAGCGUGGCUUGUUCGUGAACUUUCAUCAUUUUACAUCUAUUUUAAAGCAUUUACGGGCUCAUCGACGAUUAGAUGGAGAGGCAAAGAAUAUCGUUUGGGAUCAGGUACAAGAGCUGAAGAAGUGCAAUCGUCACCUUUAAUACCAGUACCUACUAUUGUUGUUGAAACAAUACCCACAUCGCCUACACCUAGUUCUGCAUAA